UAUUAUGUUUUGGGUUUUAAUAAACUAAUGCAAAUGUAUAUUACUAUAAGAGAUUUUAAUAAAUAUAAAUUUAAAUACUAUUUUAUAUUAAAUAAAUUUUCUAAAACAAUGAUUGCUUAAAUUAAUUGAAAAUAUAAUUACAUGAUUGUAUAUUAUACAAAUAUUAACAACCAUAAUAUAAUCCUUAUAUUAACGUUAACAUUUUUAAUCCAUCUAAAAUAGUAUUACGGUUAAUACCUUUAUCGAUCCGUGUAAAAUUUAAACUUUGAUAAAAUAAUAUGGUGUUUAACUUAAAAUGUAUUAAAAUUAGGUUAUAAUUUAUAUUCAAUAAUUAUAAUAUAAGUAGUUCAAAAUAAAUAAUUUCAACUAGUUUAUCUUGUUUAUUAAAUAAGUAUCUACAUGCGAUGGAAAUGAAAAACAAUUUGGAAAUACAAGAACUAUAAAAAUAAAAAGUCAUUCAACAUGGAUGCUAAUAACAAAGAAGAAAGGCCCCCAAAUCCAAGAUCCAAAGCUAAUAUCUUUGAAAUUAUCACUUUCAGUUGGAUCUUAAAGCUUGUUAAGAAAGGAUUGAAAAAAGAAUUGGAUGUAAUUGAUUUGUAUACAAUUCUGGACGAAGAUUCGUCUGCCUUACUGGGAUCCAAAUUAAAAAAAAUAUGGAGUAACGAGCUAAAAAAUACAACGGAGAAAAAUAAAAAGCCUAGUUUUUUGAAGGCAUUGUUUCGAAUGUUUGGGUUUAAAUUAAUUAUUUGUGGAGUUUAUUUAGCAAUAACUGACAUGGUAUUUAGUGUUAUCCAAACGAUUUUCGUGGGAAAAAUUGUCUCACACUUCGAAUCAAAAAAUACAAAUCACCAAUUUCAUAUGGUUGUCUGUUAUGCUGUUGGUUUAAUAAUAACUUGUUCAUUGAAAACGUUCAGUUCAAACAGCUACAAUAUGAUGAGUUCACAUCUAGCAAUGAAAAUGCGAGUAGCAACAUGUGAUCUUAUUUAUAAUAAGGCAUUACGUUUAAAAACAAAUUCUCUCGAAACGACCACAGGCCGGAUCGUAAACUUGAUGUCAAAUGACGUUAUUCGAUUUGAUUUAACAAUUGUAUACAUAGGUUAUGUAUUCAUUGGCCCUUUAGAAACAAUAAUGGUAACAUACUUCUUAUGGAAAGAAGUAGGCGUGGCGUCAAUUCUUGGAGUAGCUACAUUUAUCGUUUUUAUACCAUUGCAAGCAUGGUUGGGUUCAAGUGUAUCAAAUUAUCGACUUAAAACAGCUGAUAGAACAGAUGCAAGAGUUAGUUUAAUGAAUGAAAUAAUUUCUGGCAUACAAGUAAUUAAAAUGUAUACCUGGGAAAAAUUUUUUACCAAACUAACUGAAUUUGCCAGAAAAAAAGAAAUCGACCAAAUUACUAAAACGGCAUAUAUCAAAGCUACAUUAAUGUCAUUUUCUGUGUUCAACACAAGACUCGCUUUAUUCUUAAGUGUUCUUUUAUAUGUAUUACUCGGAAACUAUAUAACUGCAUCAAAGGUUUUUAUAAUUACAUCGUAUUAUAAUAUUUUGCGAGUGUCUAUGGCGGUUACAUUUCCAGUUGGAAUUGGUUUGAUUGCUGAAUUACUAGUUUCUAUUAAAAGAAUUGAGGAUUUUCUUUUACGUGAAGAAAAAGAUAGACAUUCGAUAAGCCAAACAAAAACCACAAAUGGACAUGAUAAUUCAAGACUUGACGACAUCAGUAAAAUUCCAAAUAAUAUUAGCAAUCAAGAUGAUACUGAACAACUAAGUAAUUUUCGUAUUAUUGUUUCGAACGUUAGUGCCAAGUGGACCGACUCUCAAACUGAUAAUACUUUAGAAAAUAUAAAUUUAACCGUAAGAGCAGGUCGUUUGGUUGCAAUAAUUGGUCCAGUAGGAGCCGGAAAAAGUUCGUUGAUACAAGCCAUCUUACGAGAAUUGUCACUGUCCAAAGGAAGUGUUUCAGUGCAUGGUGUGGUAUCAUACGCAUCCCAACAACCCUGGUUAUUCGCAGGUUCUGUUCAACGAAAUAUUCUUUUUGGUUUGCCAAUGGAUAGAAACCGUUACAAUAAAAUUAUACAAGUAUGUGCGUUAAAAACAGACUUGGAUCAAUUUCCAUAUGGUGAUAGAACAAUUGUGGGGGAAAGAGGAAUUUCUCUUAGUGGUGGACAAAGGGCAAGAAUAAAUUUGGCCAGAGCCAUAUACAAAGAAGCAGAUAUUUAUUUACUGGAUGAUCCUCUGUCGGCUGUUGACAAUAAUGUUGGCAAACACUUAUUUGCAAAAUGUAUUAAAGAAUUCCUCAAAGAAAAAACAUGUUUACUUAUUACUCAUCAAUUACAAUACUUAACGAAUGUAGACCAUAUAGUAUUAAUGGAAAAUGGGAAAAAAAUAGCUGAAGAUUCAUACAAAAACCUUCAAGAAUCCGGAUUAAAUUUUACCAAAAUGUUAAGGUCUCCAAUAGAACCUGUAGUAACGUCUGAUAAUGAAUCUAUUACGAAAAGUAAUAGACCAAAUUUUCGAAGCCAAAAUUCCAUUUAUACUCGACAAGUGUCUGUGUUGAGUGUUACGUCAACUGUCGAAGAAAGUAAUUUCAAUAAUGUUCAGGUUGAAGUUGUAGAAGUUGUUGAACCUAUUGAAGUAGCUGAAACUCGCUCUUUUGGAAAUUCUGGAUUCUGUAAUUACUCAUCAUAUUUCUCUGCCGGUGGACACAAGUGCAAAAUCUUUUUAUUUCUAUUGAUAUGUAUCUUAACUCAAAUACUAUCUUCCAGUGGUGAUAUUUGGAUAACUUACUGGGUAAAUUUAGAAGAACACGUUUUUCGUCCAGUUAGCCAUUUAGAACCCGAGAAUAAUAGUGCACCGACAAGACGUAAUUUAUCCAAUUCAUUAAUUCAAUGGAUAGUAGAUCGUCAAACAUGUAUUAUCGUGUUUACUGUAAUUACAAUAUCUGUUAUAAUAUCUGCAUUAAUUAGAUCAGCUUUCUUUGUAUCAGUAUGCACAACGUCUUCUACAAAUCUACAUAACCGUAUGUUAGGAUCAAUCAUAAGAGCAACAAUGUACUUUUUCAAUAAAAAUCCAUCAGGAAGAAUACUUAAUCGUUUUUCGAAAGAUAUUGGAUCCAUCGAUGAAAUGUUACCAUUCGUAUUGAUGGAUGUUAUACAAAUUGGAUUGAUUGUGAUUGGAAUAUUAAUUAUUGUUGGAAUAACCAAUCCCUAUCUAAUUAUACCGACAUUAAUCAUAGUGGUCAUAUUUUUCAAAAUCAGAAAUAUUUAUAUGACAAUAUCACAAAGUAUUAAACGUUUAGAGGGAGUCACACGAAGUCCUGUACUUACUCAUUUAAAUGCAUCACUUCAAGGAAUAACAACAAUAAGAGCAUUUGAAGCAGAACAAAUUCUAUCCACAGAAUUUUCCAUCCAUCAAGAUUUACAUUCUUCGGCUUGGUAUUUAUUUCUUUGUUCGAGUAGAGCGUUUGGAUUUUGGUUAGAUUUAACCUGCCUUAUAUAUAUAAGUAUCGUGACGUUUUGUUUUUUAUUUAUCGGCCAAGACACAUGCAGUGGAAAUGUCGGGCUGGCUAUAACUCAGUCAAUAGGACUAAUUGGUUUGUUUCAAUGGGGAAUGAGGCGAUCGGUAGAGCUGGAAAACCAAAUGGCAUCUGUUGAAAGAGUACUCGAGUACACAGUUUUACCACAAGAACCAGAACUUGAAUCACCUCAAAAUAAAAAGCCACCAAAGGACUGGCCUGAUAAGGGUCGAAUAACAUUCAAUAAUUUUUAUCUACGAUAUGACAUAGAUACGCCUUAUGUCUUAAGUAAUCUAAACAUUAACAUUGAACCCACAGAAAAAAUUGGAAUUGUCGGUAGAACUGGUGCAGGGAAAUCAUCGUUAAUUGGAGCAUUGUUUAGAUUAGCCCUGACUGAGGGUAAAAUAACUAUCGAUAACCUUGAAAUACAUGAGUUGGGACUACACGAAUUACGAUCCAAGCUUACUUUUAUACCUCAAGAACCAGUUUUAUUUUCAGGAACCAUACGCAAUAAUUUAGAUUUAUAUGAUGAAUAUUCUGAUCACGAAAUCUGGAGUGUGUUAAAUGAAGUUGAACUUAAAGAUGUGGUGGAGGAUUUACCAAAUGGUCUAAACUCAAAAAUGUCCGAUGGUGGAUCUAACUUUAGUGUCGGGCAAAGACAAUUGGUGUGUUUGGCUAGAGCAAUUUUGCAAAACAAUAAAAUUCUGGUAUUAGAUGAAGUCACUGCAAAUGUUGACCAUCGGACAGAUGCAUUAAUUCAAAACACAAUUAGAAAUAAAUUUCGAAUGUGCACGGUCUUAACGAUUGCUCAUCGUUUGAAUACUGUAAUGGACUCUGACAAGAUCCUUGUAAUGGACGGUGGAACUGUGGCGGAAUUCGAUCAUCCAUUUAGAUUAUUGAAAAACCCCAACGGAUUUUUCUAUAAAAUGGUGAAACAAACUGAUCACACCACUGCGCGUUUGUUACACAAUACGGCUGCGGAGAAUUACAAGAAUAUCGAUGUACGAAGACGAACCCUCAAAGAAGUUUGGUGAUAAGUGAAUAGUAUUAUAUAACCUAGGGCACCGAUUUAUAUGUAUUUUAUUUUCACUAAGACUUGAUGAAUUAAUAUUUAGGCAAGUGAUAAAUUCGUUUCAUGUGAUUUUCAAUUGAAUGAGCUAUAUUUGAUUUUACAUAGUCUUACAUAUUUUGUGAUAAAUACAUAUUUUUACAUAUUUCACGAUAGUUCCGUUUUUUCUCACAUAGGUACUCAUAGGACACAGACACUUUUGACAAUUAUUUAAACUAAUAUUCUAUUAUUUAUUAUUAUUUUUUUUUUUAAUUAAUCUUUAACUUCGACAGCGGGGGACAUUAGCUUUAUUUUAUACAUUACAUUUUACUUAUUUAUGAUAACAAUUCGAUUAAGUUUUCCAAAAAGUUGAUAACCACGCAACGAGCAAUAGUGUAUGUUUUAUGUUUUGCUCUGUUUGUUCGUUUUGUGUGCGCGUUGAGUAGAAAUUUAAUUUAUUUAUUUCUAAAAAUUUCCCAAAUCACACCGAAAGUGUGAUCAUCUAAGUCUGGAAAAGCUGCAAAAUAUGUUUCUAUUCGUGAUUUCUUAAUCAAGAUCAAUUUAUUUGUUUUCAAAUAUUAAUAAUAAUACAUUUAAAUAAUCACAUUUUUUAUGAUAUUGUAAAUUAGGUCAUAUAUAAUAGCGCCAUCACAUAUUUUGAGUUUCUACUUUUGGUCGUAUGAAUACUUAUUUUUGUAAUACAAACACAUAUAAAUCUGUGAUCUAAUUAUAACUUAUAUUAUGUAACGAAAUUUAUUAUUUUGAGUGUUACGCUACUUUAUAGAUUUUUUUAUGUAUAUAAGUAAUAAUUUUACCAAGUAAUUUUUAUGUAAAUGUAUAAUAAUAUGCUUAUUGGAUGGAAUGGAAUAUUUAUCAAUAUUUUAUAGUACGAAUGUCUAUUAUCUGUGUUAAAUAUUAUAAUAUAACAAAAUUAUGUUUGCUCUCUG